CUUCAUGAAACGUGAUGGUGUAUUUGAUUAUUCCGCACACCAUCAUUACACUGUAGUCUUGCAUAACAAUCAUGACAGCUAUACGGGUUUAAGACGCAUAGCAGGCUCAAGAACUACUCUAUGUAAAAUGAACACUGAGGACAAGCUGGAUGGCAUGCUGCUGAAGUGCAGCAGUGGGGGAAUAGAUGGAGGAGGGAGAGUCGGGCUGGUCAGCGGAGGAGGACUGGUGGUGAUGACCCUGGGCGAACGAUCGCUGGUAAACCACCCUCUGUUGGCCGAGGACGAUGACGACGAAGACGAAGAUGAGGACUUGACUGGGAGCUCGCUGGUUACACAUGACCUGGUCCCUCCGGAGCAGCUGAUGAUGCAGGAGGAGAUGACAAAGAAUGGUGGAGGAGGAGAAGAGGAGGGAGGAGGCGAGGUGGGAGUCCAUUUCCCCCUAAAACUCACCAAUAAGUUGCCCUGCUUGCUUCAUAUGCCACUGAGCAUCAAGCAGGAGCUGAAGCUGUCUGAGCCACCGGCCCAGAAAAAGAAGGACAAAAAAGGAGUGAAGGACCUGAUGGUGUGUCCCAAGAAGAAGAAAAGGAAGCAGCGUUCACCAGCAAAGAUUCUCAGCAUCAAUGAUGAUGGAUCAUUGGGCAUACAAAACCCCAAGUGUCACGUUUGUGUUCACUGUAACGCUGCGUUCAGAACCAACUACCACCUACAGAGGCACGUCUUCAUUCACACUGGUGAGAAGCCGUUUCAGUGCAGCCAGUGUGAUAUGCGCUUCAUUCAGAAAUAUCUUCUCCAGAGACAUGAGAAAAUCCACACCGGUGAAAAGCCUUUUCGCUGUGAUGAGUGUGGGAUGAGGUUCAUCCAGAAGUACCACAUGGAGAGACACAAGAGGACUCAUAGUGGCGAGAAGCCCUACCAAUGUGACUACUGUCACCAGUACUUCUCCAGAACAGACCGGGUUUUAAAGCACAGGCGAAUGUGUCACGAGAACAGAGAGAGAAAGUCCAACAAGGCUGCUGGUAAAGUUGGGCCGUUGCGCGAAGCAGAUUCUUUAGGCCUCCCCUUUCUCGCCAAAGAGUGUUCACUGCCCAAGAAAAAGCGCCAGAAGUGUGCAGACAAGAGUUCAGGCGCUUCCACUGCUGCCCAGACAGACGGGCACACUGUUGUAGAAACGGAGGAGAAGGAGGAGCAGAGACAGAAUAAAAUUGAAGGUCUACCUCUCUAUGCUGUGCCCUCCAAAGUCAAACAUGAGUAUGUGAUUGCAGACUACUCUGUGGAACUUCCUGAAGACACGGCUAGCCAGCACCAAGAGGGAGACGUGUCAUCGGAAGACACGACUCCUCCCAAACUAGUCCUGAAGAAAGUCACCAAGAGGAGUCUUAAGCAGUCCAGUGAACAAACUCCUCCCUGCCUGUCCACUUUGUCUUCCUUUGAGGAAAACACUAAGGUCGCGCAGUACACCUUUGAAAUCGUGGACAAGCAAGGCCUCUUAGAGGUAGAAAGCAACACCGAACUCGAGUCAGUCGAAACUCUUCAAGGAGGACCAGCAAAGCCAGCAGCCAGCAGCACAAACUACGACGACGCCAUGCAGUUCCUCAAGAAGAAACGUUAUCUUCAAGCUGCGAUGGCCAACAACAGUCGGGAUUACAGCCUGAACACGAGCAGCAUCUCGUCUCAGCCACCUGUUACACAAACUGUGGUGUCAGCCGUCAUAGACGAGACAGUCCCCGCCACCAUCCUGGAGCCACAGCCCAUCAACGCAGAGAUUAAAGCGACACAUGACAAGAGUGUGUUGCCAGACGAGGUUCUUCAGACGCUGUUGGACCAUUACUCCAACAAAGCCAACGGGCAAUCAGACAUUUCCUUCAGUGUGGCUGACACAGAGGUGACGUCGAGCAUAUCCAUCAAUUCCUCCGACGUUUCAGACAGCAGCCCCGUGGAGAGCCUCGGAGCCUCGAGCGCCCAGGCUCAGCCAGCUACUGAGAAGGUCAGCCUCUUGCAAGAGUACUCCAAGUUUCUCCAGCAAGCGCUGGAGAGGACCAGCCAGAAUGACAGCUACCUGACCAGCCAGAGCCUCAGCUUGGUCUCCGAAAACCCCACCUUAGCUGGACAACCUCUGUUCUCCACCGAGAAACAGUUUCCUUCCCCCAGCAGGUUCAAAUCAGGGAUGAGUUCUCCGCUAAGGUCCACUUUAGAGAAACCUCACUUUGGAUUACUGGUCGGGGACUCCCAGCACUCAUUUUCAUUUUCAGGUGAUGAGACCACUCCUCCCUCUGCAGUGUCCCCAGCUGAGGAGGACUUUCUGGAGCAGGUCUCGCCCUCCAAAAAGACAGACUCUUCUCAAGGCAUACUGCAGACUUUUCAAAUAAGCUCCUUCGAUCAGAACUUUAAAUCUCAUUUCCAGGCAUCAAGAUCUGGAUCCUCCUCACAGUUUACUGUUGCCAAUGGACAAUUAAGUCUUCGAGGACACAGCACAGACUUCUCAGAGUUCCCCUUAGUCAGAGUCACUGAGACCAGGUCUCAACUGAGCUCUUCCCCUGAUGUUUCAUCCAGUGAAACCUUUGGCUGAAGGGAAGGAGGAAGAAUUCAUUUCUGUUUAUGAUUUUAGCAGCACUUUAUUUCAUGUCUCCUGUUUUGCCAAAACAAGUUUCAUUGCAACUUUGUGCUCUUUCUCAAAGCAUUUUGUUAUAAAACAUUGAUGUUUUGUUUUUGUUUUGUUUUUGUUACGUGCAACCUCAUAGACUGGAAAUACUGAAAACUGAUAAAUUCUAAUUAGCAUUUCCCCUUUAAAAAAAGAUAAUUUGUAAUCGUGCAUGGGUAUAUUUCUUGCUCCAGAAUGUACAUUUAGAGAUUUAGUGACCAAAGUGUAAAGCAAGAGAUAGAGUGAAGUAUUCUCUCACAGCGCUUAUCUUUCAUGUUCUGUCAAUCAGUUUGCCUUGCACAAAAAAUUAUCAAGUCACUCUUGCUGCUUAAUGCAACAUUUCCACUUAUUCAAACAAACCCCUUUUUACUGUAUAUAUGCCAUUUUGCUCUUACUGCAUCUACCUCCCCUCGCUGUUCAUCUGGUUAAAUUUAAGUUCACUCCUCGAACCUUUUUAUUCCAGCCGUGUAACUGCGGUGAAAUUGUCCAGUGAAAGGACACCAUGAUUAGAUCAAUACUGACUCUUCACUUUAUGUUGAAGUCACUUUAAUAUCACCUGAAAUGGGUGUUUCCACAUGAUAUGUGUAAUGAAUGCUACAGAACAGAUUGAACUGAUUGUAUUAAUCUCAUAUGGAAUCUAGUUUAUUUUCCAUUGACAGAUUGGGCCUAAUUUGGUUGGUUUGACGGCCAAAAAGAAGAAAUUAUAGUUCUCAUUUAUAAAUUGUUUUAAUGUUGUGUGGAUUAACUCACCUCAUCUUUAUUUAUAUAGCACUUUUCAUACAGACAUGCAUCCAAAAGUGCCUGGUAUAGCAAAAUUGAAACAACACAGAGAAAAAAUAAUGUAAAAAAACAAUGAUUAAAGCUUAAAAACUAAGGCUAUAAAGUUACUCCAAAUUAAAAGCCAGAUUACAAAGAUAGGUCUUUAAUUUCCUUUUUAAAAUACAACGAUAGCCUUAGUGAUCUGGCUGGAACAUAAGAUGAAAGAAAAUCUUUAAAUCAUUUAAAGCUGGAGCAAGGAUAAAUGUAUUCCCUUUUAAUAUCUUGGCACUGAUGUAAUAAAAAGGCUGCAUCAGGAUUAGAUUUAAAAGUUGUUGUUUUUUUUUUAAGAUUUUGGUAUCAAAUAGCUGCACACAUGUAAUGAUUGCAGGAUAAUUCUUAUUUUCCUUCUGAAGUAUAGGUGAGUUGUAGUGAAAUUACUUAAGAAGAUUGUGCUUCAUUUUUGCACAAUUUGCACAUUUUUCACUACAGGGAAUGUAGUAUGUACUUUCACAGUGGAGGAAAUGCAUAAUACCUUUACUUAACAGGCAACUUUUUUUUCUUUAUACAUGAGAUUUCUGAGGCGGACCUGUCAGUGGAAACCCUCGUGGUGUCAGAUUUGGGUCAUUUGAAACUACAGAUGAUGCUUUUUGCUUUGCGUCAUUCAUAACGUAGCUCUUAGUUCUGUUGUACGUUGUCUGUUGUUCUUUGCUGGAAGAUGCACGGGUUUUGGGGAAACAACAAUGUGAUUAGACCCUGAAAGUCAAAGUUUUAUUCAGGCUAUAUUAUGGAAGACAGUACACGAGGAAAUGAGGUGCUUGGUUUUCCUUUUAUCAGUUUUGCAUCUGUGCCUUUCUUUGUUUUGUUUUUUUUAUUCCAGCCUUUCCUUUACUCAUUCCUGUACAUUUCUUUUUUUCUUAGGCAGCGCUCAAAGGCUACUAAUUCCACUUGCACAACAAACACAUAAGCUAUCAAUACGAGAUCUGGGAGCUUUAUGUAAUUUUGCCCAUCAUAUUUACAAUUUUAGCAAGAAAUUGCACCCAGUUUUAUUCUCAAACUAUUCACUGACUGUGCUGCAGUGUGUGUAUAUGAGUACAGAAUCUUGUUUCAGAUAUCUGAAGUUAUCUUAUUUGCUAGAAUUCAGUAGGAAGCCACAUCUGUCCAGGCCCUGUUGAAUAAAAUGCGGUUGAGCCAGGUCUCGUCUGUGCUUCAUCACACUGUUGUUUGCUUUCCAUGCGUACGUGUAUGUGUGAAUUCUUCGGUGCUAUUGUGUAAUACACUGUUUUUAUAUGCACCGUCAAAUUAGGUUUGGAAACUGAUGUUAAGCUCCCUCUUGUUACAAUUCUACUGACAAUCAGGGACAGACGGCACCCACAUCAAUCAUCAAACACUUUGUUUUUCCUCGUCGAUCAUUCCCGCUAGAAUGUGUAGAACAUAUUCUGCUGUAAAUACAUUGUAUAUUUUUAUGUUCUGAGAAGUACUGUUAGAUCUUUGUGUCAAUAGAGUGACAAGUCUUGUGCAAGAGACACUUUUUGUCAGUGGAAGGCACAGUAAUUAGUUUUCCAGCAUUUAUUCCAUUCAACAAUUAAUCCAUUUCACUUGCUGACAAGAUGUGGCUUUCUGAGGUGUGUGUGUGUGUGUGUGUAUAUAUAUAUCUCACCACUGUUAUCAGAAGAAAAUUGACACUUUUUUUUUUUGUUACAAUUUUAUUGAUGAUUGAGUUAUUUUUUGUAAGUUAAUGCAGUUGAUUGUGCAUUAUGAUGGGAUUUACUGUAUACUGCUGUUGGUAAUGGAAACCCCACAGAAAAUGUUCAUUAGGUUUUAAAGUAAAACUCCACCACCAUCAUUUUUUAAGCAUAACAUGCUUCACCUCAACAGCUGUGGUCAGCUUCAGUUCAUGUCAGUUAAAACAGAUUGUGGGUGGAGUGUUACUCAAUAAGUUUUGUGGUUGAAAUAUUCCACUCGCUACCCAUUUCAGUGUAAGCAGUUAUUGAAAGCACAGUGCAGAUGAGUAAUUCUGCUUUGGUAAAUUGUAUCCCAUGAGUUAUAGAGCAGUACUAUGGUAUUUUUUCCUUUUAAUUAACUAUUGUCAGUAACCUGGCCAUAAGUGUCCUUGUAUAAGCUAGAGAAAAAAAUAUUUGUUUUGUGUAAAAAGAUCUGAAUUAUGAAUUUUUUGAUAAAAACUAUUUUUGAAACAUGUCAUUUAUGGCACUGAUGUGUACAGUAUAUCAUAUGCAGUCACUGUUGCUACCCUCAUUUAUCUCUGUACAAGUCGUUUGUGUCAAGAUCUUUCAAAUGCAGAUGGGAAUGUCCUCCUUGAGUCUGGACUUUUGACUUUUCAUACUUUUAAAGAACCUGGCGAGGAAGCCCUGCUGCUUCAACGCGAGGUCGAUCUCAAGUUAGACUGUAAGGUUUAUUUGCAUGGUCUCUAACUUGUCGGGUCGAGUGAAUUUGUUUUCUGAAUAAUGUGCAGCUUUAAUUGUAGCUGAUUCAUUUCAGUCAAGUAACCCAUAUGAUUAGAUUUUUGCAAUAUAUUAUGAUUUGUAAACAAUCUGAUUAAAUUGUUGUUUUGAUUGUUGUGUGUCACGUCCUUAUAAAUAAAAUAAUUCACCGU